UGCCAUCCUGUGUGAUCCCUGUGUGUGUGUGUCCUGUGACCCCUGUGUGCUGUUCUGUGCACAUCAUUACCUGUUGGCUCUGUGUCUCCUCAGGUGUGCAGGCAGCUUGUCGGGACUCCACUGUCACACAGGAGCUCCUCAAGGAGGGGUUUCACAGGGACCUGCUGGUGAAGGCAGAGCUUGGAGAGGAUGCAGGAGGAUGUGCAGUGGCAGCUAGAAUUCAUCUUCCACCGGGAAUCUACGUGGAUCCCUACGAGCUGGCAUCGCUGCAGCAGCACAACCUGACCAAGGCAGUGCUGAUUCCUGAUGUCAUUGACGUGGAGGCUCCUGAGUACUCAUCCACGGACCUUGUGCUGCUGCUGUCCCUGGACCCAGACCCACACUGCUCCCACUGCUUCCAGGCCUCUGUGCCCCUGCAUGGGCGGUACCAGCGGCCGGCACGGCGCGAGCAGCACGUCCUGGUCAGGCUGGACAGCCCAGAGCUGCUGCUCUGCUGCUAUCAUGGUCACCUGCCAGGAGAGUGCUGGAAGCCUGCUGGAGUGGCAGCUCCCUGCCCAGCUGGAAACAUCACUCCCUGCCAGUGGUACAGUACAGCACAGAGACCUGCACAGGAGGAGCCAGUGCUGAGUGUCCCUGUGGGGCUGAGUGAGCACACUUUCCUGGUGUGUGCCACGACCCUGCUCACCACAGUGCUCUGUUCCAGCCUGAUCUUCACUGCCACCUGCAGGUACGGACACUUCUAG